GCCUCCGCGGGGGCUCCGCCGGCGCACCGGGAUGCAGCGUCGGCGGGGCCGCAGAGGAGCCCCGGCGGGUGGAGAAGGCCGCCCGGCCUCGGCGGUCUCCGCGAGGCUCCCUGCGGCGGCCUCCGCUCCGCGUUGGCUUGGCUCGGCUCAGCUCCACCCUUCGGACCUCGAACCCCCCGUUAGGCAGGAAGCUGACAGCAGUUUGGGUUAGCUCUCCGACCCACCCUUUUCCUGCCUGUGCCAUCUCCUCCGCGCUGGGUUGCUGUUAACCCUCCGUGCUCCAAGCGAGCUGCAGCGAGGGUGCUACCUCCGCCCGGCGCCUGAGGAGCAAUGUCUUCUCCUUCCCGUGGAGCAGGGGUCCGGUCCGGUGCGGGACAGUGAAGUUGGGUGUGAAGAUGUUGGUUUCCUCAUUCAGUCUUCCACGCAGCAGCUUGGUCCUGACUUGGGUCAGAAUUUUCCUCUUUGGUUUUCAUGUUCACAAGCUGGAUUCUGCCCAGUUCAGAGUCCUGGGACCCGAGCACCCCAUCACUGCUGUCGUGGGAGGAGACGUCGUGCUGCCCUGCCACCUCUCCCCCCGGCUGAACGCUGAGAACAUGGAGGUGAGAUGGUUCCGGUCCCGGUUUUCCGUCUACGUGCACCUCUAUCACGGUGGACAGGACCACUACUCAUCCCAGAUGCCCGAAUACCAGGAGAGGACAGAGUUUUUGAAAGAGGGCAUCUCCUUUGGAAAUGUUUCCUUGCGGAUCCUCAGAGUCAGGCUGACCGACGAGGGACAGUAUCAGUGCCUCGUUAAAGAUGGAAACUCUUACGAAGAAGCCACGGUAGAGCUGAAGGUAGCAGUUUCAGGUUCCAGUCCCCUUCUCUCCGUGGAGGAUUACCAAGACGGAGGUAUCCGAGUGGGAUGUCGAGCAACUGGCUGGUACCCAAAACCUGAGAUGCUGUGGAGAGAUUCCCAAGGGCAGCAGUUCCCUUCGUUUGCUGAAUCAGACUCCCGAGACGGGAACGGCUACUUUGAAGUGGAGAAGUCCAUCAUUAUCCAAAAAACCUCAAAGCGAAAUGUCUCCUGUUUUAUCAGGAACAUGCAGCUUGACCAGGAGAAAGAGUCAACUAUUCACAUAUCAGAUCCGUUUUUUCCCGAGGUCUCUCCCUGGGUGGUAGCUUUGGCCGCCGCCCUGGCUGCCUGCUUCGCUUUGUUCAUCGUCCUGCUUGUUUUCAUUCUCCGACUUCAAGCCAGGCACGCCGCAGAACUGGAGGAACGUGACGCAGAAAUCAGGAAACACGCUGCAGAACUUCGGUGGAGAAACACCAUCAUCCCAGUGGAGGAAGUGCACGUCACGCUGGACGCGGACACGGCUCACCCCCAGCUCAUCCUCUCUGCGGACGGGAAGAACGUGAGGCGGGGAGACACGCGGCAGGCCAUGCCCGACAACCCCGAGCGGUUCGAUACCUACCACUGCGUCCUGGGCCAGGAAGGCUUCAUCUCGGGGAGAUAUUUCUGGGAGGUGGAUGUGGGGACUGAAGAAGGGGGGGUCUGGGCAAUGGGGGUGGCCAGGGAGUCCAUGAAGAGGAAGGGAUGGAUCAACCCGGCCCCUCAGGAUGGGAUCUUGGCUAUUUUCCAGUGCGGAGGCCAGUACUGGGCUCUAACCUCCCCUGAUCAUAAACCUCUCAUGCUCACCCAGAUCCCCCGGACGAUUAGGGUCUAUCUGGACUUUGAAGGGCAGAAGGUGGCCUUUUUUGACGCUGACAGCGAAAACUUGCUCUUCACUUUCCCACUGGCCCCGCUGACCGGGGAAAGGAUUCGUCCCUGGUUCCGUGUGGGGCCGAUUGCCCGGCUCAGCCUGAAGUCAGCUCCUCCGCUCGCACGUGCCCUCAGCGCGGAGGAACUUCUGCUCCAUCCGGGCUGCCCUCUGCAGAGCCUCUCCAAGGUGCCCGGCGGGUGCGUGGCCCCGUGCACGCCGGGCAGCAGGAACUGACAAGCACAGGGACAACCCGCGCGGUCUGUAAGCACGCACGCAACGCUGCUCCGGCCACCUUCGCCGUCCGUCCACGGGUCUCCCUCCGAGCGGAGCUGCCUGGGACAGUCUGCAGCAAGAGGGAGCAGCGGUCAAGACAACUUUUGUGCUCCUAAGGUGACGUCUCCAGGCAAACUGCUUGCCCCCAGAAGGCCUUGUUGCAACCUCUGGCCAUGAGCAGAGCCUAGACAACCAACAAGCAUGUCAGCACCUACCUGAGGUGGGGAAGGAAAACUUCACUGAGCCAGUGGCAAGGCUGGGAAGGAGGAACUGUGCAUCUCCCCUCUUCUUUUUCACUUUAAUUCCCUAAAGUCUUGUGAAACUCGGUCUGUUAAACGGAACUGCAAGGGCCAGCAUCGUCUGCCACACAGCUCCAAACAAGGAACCAUUUCAGUAGUGGGAUGUGCAGUGCUCUGAUGUCUAAUACUUUCCAAGUGUUGUGAUAUGCUCACAUGUACUUAAAAAAAGAUACUACUUAGAUUAAAAAGGAUUUUCCCUCUGUA